CCUCCACUCCCCCCUCCACUCCCCCCAAAAAAAAUAAACCCCGUCAGGGACCACUCCUGAGGGGUUCCACGCCCUCAUCAUUGGCGCUUCGUCAAGAUGAUGGGCUAUAAUGGUCAUCCAUUCCACCCCCAACGCCAAUCCCAGCAGAAUGCCCACCCGCAGCACGCGCAGCAACUGCAAUCCCCGUCCAUGAGUGCCGCUGGCGCCCACCCGCACCAUGGCACGGGCAUUGCCGGCAAUAGCGCCCUGUUUCGGGGUCAAUCGCAGGCGGACCUCGCGACCCAGUCCCCGGAUCUCCGCAAGAUGACCCCGUCCUCCACUGGACCCCUCGUCGGGCUCCCCACGGGGGGCCAUUUUAGUCCCUUUCCCGGACAUUACCCGCCGCAGGGCUCGUCAGACCUGCUGUCGCGCAACGCGGACUCUGUCGGCCAAUUGAAGGACCCUUACCUGUCCCUGCAGAGCCUGCAGAGGAACAUGAACCCCAUGGCCAAUUUCCGGGCUCAUCCCACCAUGAACGCGCAGGCCGCCAUGUCCCCGCACGCCCACGCCAUGGGUCUUGCCUCGCCGCAGCAGUCUUACGACCGACUGCAGCAGUCUCAGCUCCAGCAUCGACAGUCCACUCACACGCAUCCGACGACCCAAACCUCCGCCACCGCCUCGCCAAUGCUGACCACCACCCAGCCGCAGCAUCAGUAUCACCAGUCGGCUUACCAGCAGGCCCAGCAGGCCUCCCCGUAUCAGCAGGCUCAGCAGCAGUCUCCCUACCAGCAGACUCACGCCUCACCUUAUCAGUCGCAGCAGGCCCAUUAUCAGCAGGCUCAGCACGCCCAGUACCAGCAGUCUCAGCAUCAGGCUUCCCCGUACCAAACGCAGGCUCUCCAGUCUCCGUACCAGCAACAUGCCCACCAGACAUAUCAGCAGCAGCAGGCAGCGCAACAGGCCGCCCAGCAGGCCCAGCAGGAAGCUCAGCAGCAAGCGGCGCAACAGCAGGCCCAACAGGAAGCCCAGCAACAGGCGGCCCAGCAGCAGGCCCAACAGGCAGCUCAGCAGCAGGCCGCCCAGCAGGCGGCGCAACAGCAGGCGGCGCAACAGGCGGCGCAACAGCAGGCGGCACAACAAGCCCAGCAGCGGGCCCAGCAGCAGGCCCAACAGCGAGCCCAGCAGAAAGCGCAACAGGAGGCUCAGCUGAAAGCCCAUCAACAAGCACAACAGGAGGCUCAAUUGAAGGCGCAACAGGAGGCCCAACUGAAGGCUCAGCAGGAGGCUCAACUGAAAGCCCAGCAGGAGGCUCAACUGAAAGCCCAGCAGGAGGCUCAACUGAAAGCCCAGCAACAAGCGCAACAGGAGGCUCAACUGAAAGCUCAGCAGGAAGCUCAGCAAGAGGCCCAGAAGCAGGCCCAGCAACAAGCCCAGCAACAAGCGCAACAACAAGCGCAACAACAAGCGCAACAACAGGCUCACCAGCAGGCUCAGCAACAAGCUCAGCAGGCGUAUCAGCAGCAGCAGUCACGAUUCCAACAGCAGCAGGCGCAACGGUCCCCGUAUCAGUCACAACCGCAGCAGCUUCAAUUCCAACAUGCCUAUCAGCGUCAUUACCAACAGCCUCAACAACAUACCCUCAUGCAGCAGCAUCCACAACAGCAGCAGCAUCCCCAGCAGCAGCAACAGCAACCACAGCAACAGCAACAGCAGCAGCAGCAAAAUCAUGCUAUGCAGCAGCACCAGGCGCAGCAGCACCCUAUGCUCCAACAGUACCAAGCACAGCAUCACGCACAACAACCGUCACCAGUCAAGGCACAACCGCAACAACUACGUCCCCCGCAGUCUUCUACCCCCGUCAACAUGGCUGGUGCAGAGCUUAUCGCCCCAACGCCGCCGAAACCCGAGGGUGCCGCCCCGAAACAACGGAAGAAACCAGCCAAGCCUUCUGCGUCUCCUGCCAAUGCUGCUCCGCAAGUCAACGGACAAGCUCCAACCGGAUACCCAACUGCUACGCCCCUUCCCAUCCCCGGUCCCGUUACUGUGUCUGCUCCCGUUGGUAGCCCUGCUGGUGGUCCUAUUCCUAGUCCCGUCACAGAUCCUGUUGCUGGCCCCGUCGCAGGUCCCGUCGCAGGGCCUGUUGCUGCGGCUGCUGCCAAUGCCGCGCCUGGUACUGCCCAAGCGACCCCCAAGAAGCGAGGUCGUCCCCGCAAACCCGUCAUUCCUGGAGAAGAGAAGAAAUCCAGGCCCAAGAAGCCCAAGAAAGUGCACAUGAUACCUACAACGGCACCAGACGGCACAACGAUCAUGGUUCCAGCUCCCAUGACCAACCCUGAUGGCUCAGUUAUUGUUCCUCGUCCGCGUCCGCCCCCGCCUCCGCUGCUCCCUCUGCUCGGGCCCGACGGGAACCCUGUUCUUGAUGCCGACGGCAACCCUGUCAUGCAAAAACGACGCCGUGGACGACCCCGCAAGUCAGAACAGGGCCAGAGCAACAUGCCCCCCAGGCCCAGGCCCCCGAAGAAGCCUUCAAAUAAACCGGGCACCGGUCGGCCUCGGGGCCGGCCUCGUAAGGUAGAUGUGGAAGCGCGAAAGGCAGCCGAGGCAGCCGCCGCAUUAGCCCAGGGGGUGCAAGUCAAAACUGAAGGCCAGCCACAGCAGCCGCACAUGCAGGGCCAAGCUCAGCCCCUUCCUCACUCGCAGGCUCAGACACCAACUCAGGCCAGGCCACAACCGCCAGCUCCUCCGGCACAGUACCAGCAUCAUCACCAGUUCCAAGUGCACCCCCAACCGCAUCACAUUCAAACACCUAUCACACAAGUGCAGAGCAAACCCCAUACUCCCGGACACCAGAUGCAUGCUUCGAAUCAAGCUCAGUUCCAAGCCCUUCAACACCAAUUCCAAGCUCAGAUCCAGCCUCCCACCAAUACCCAAACUACUCAGGCCCAACAACCAGAACAAAAGCCAGCACAACCGCAGCCCCAACCUCGUCAACCGCAGCCCCCGAAGAAGGCCCAGGCACAGCCUCGACAAACGCAGCCACAAGCGCAAGCUCCCACACCAGCGCGUCAAAUGCAGACUCAGGGUCAAGUUCAAGGUCAAGGUCAAGCUCAAGCUCAAGCUCAAGCACCAGCGCGUCAAAUGCAGGCCCAGGUCCAGGCCCAGGCACAACCGCCUGCACGCCAAAUGCCAGCACAGUCUCAGGCUCAGGCCCAGGCUCAGGCCCAAGUACAAUCCCCCGCUCAUCAAAUGCAGGCCCAGCACCAAGCACAGCCUCGACAAGUGCCGGUUCAAGCUCCGGCACAACCACCAGCGCGUCAAAUGCAGGCACAUGCACAAUCCCAGGCACACACUCAGGCUCGCCAAAUGCAGGCCCAACAGCAAGCACAACCCCGACAAGUGCACGCGCAAGCUCAAUCUCAGGCGCAAGCACCGGCGCGUCAGAUGCAGGCUCACCCACAGGCCCAGGCCCGACAACUCCAGGCGCAACCGCAGGCGCAGGCGCAACCGCAACCGCGCCAGAUGCAACCUCAGCCUCAGGCACAAAUGCAACCACAUCCCCGUCAUCUGCAGCCGCAAGCCAUGUCCCAUGCGCAGAUGCAUCAUCCCCAAGCUCACCAUCUCCAACCACACCAGCUGCACGUCCAGGCGCAAGCCCACACCCACCCUCAUCUUCACAUGCAUCCUCACCUCCACCCUCACGCCCAACCCACCGACCCAAUGGCCCUCAACCCGCCCCAAAAGCGCGGCGCGCCUGUGGACGACGACCCACGAAAACGAGCCUUCAUCAUGCCUCAGCAGAUGUAAUUGUCUGCCUCUCUGUCUGUCUGUCUGCCUGUUUUACGCUAGAUGCAACGAAACUCCCAUCCAUUCUUCAUGUCGCCAUCCGUCCUCUUCCUUCAUUGUUACUAUCUAAUCUUGUUUUUACUUUAUUUUAUUUUUCAACCCGACUGAGAGUAUCCUGGCGAGUCUGAUUGAUUGUCCAUUGUCCAUUGUCAAUUGUCCAUUAUUAUGUUACAUUGAUUGCAUUUUCUGCUGCACAAAUUCCUUCCU